AUGGUGAUACCAGGUGGCCCCCAGGGAAUCGAGGCCACCAUGGCCCUGAAGACCCUCGUCCUGUUCUCCCUGCUGGUCCUGGGGCUGCUGGUGAUCGUGGGGGCCCAGCCUCCUGCUUUCAAGAGGUUCCAGGAGAGGCACAUGGAUACUGGUCCUGGCCCUUUCGACCCCCCCUACUGCAACAAGACCAUGUACCAAAGGAAUCUUUUAAAGAGGAACUUCAACACCUUUGUGCAUGAGUCCCUUAAGGAUGUACACGAUGUCUGCUGGGAGGAAAACUACAUAUUCAAAAAUAGAACGUGUAACAACUGCCACAAGAGUAGUAAUCGAAUGAGCAUCACAGAGUGUAGUAUAAUAGGCAGGAACCCCAUCAGGUACCGGACCAAAAAUAGCAAGAAGUACAUCGUCAUUGCCUGUGAUGGGAUUUGGCCCGUCCACUUUGAUGGUUCCGAGUAG